AUGCCUGAGCUCGCAGAUAGCAGUGGGGAUGAAUAUGAUGCUGAAAUGUCCCCUACUGCAGCGGAAACUUUUCCCCAAGAUAAAAGGGGAGAAAAAUGGGCUGUGUCAAGGUCCCCAAAAAACAAGGUGACUCCUACCCGAGUGGAUUGGAUGACGAAGAAGAGUUUUUCUGAAAUUCAUGGAGCAUUUUGUGAAGUAUUCGAACUCAUCUCUUUCGAAACAGAGUCCUGCUUAUCCUCGACAACCACGAAGGCCAUGUCAAUAUUGAAAUUGUGA